CCAAACACGCCAUCGUUAAUGAUAGCUUUAGCACUAUAGUAAAUAGUAAUUACAAUGAUGUGGAGUAAUAGAUACAAUAAUAAAGUUUUGUCAUCGUUAACGACAGUUACAUCGUAGUUUGUAAAAAAAAAAAAUAAAUAGUCAGUAAUGCUGUUAAAUAAUUAUUUGUUAUUCUCGUCCUGACAUAAGUAAUAAAAUGUCGUUUAGGAAGCAUGCCAAUAAAAAUAACGUUGACUACAAAGCUCGACUCGAGCAUAAAUUAUAUCUGGCUAGAGAAAAUCCCGAGCCUAUUUUUGACAUUUCAAAUUGUGCGUUAAAAACAAUACCCUCUGGUAUAUUUACUUUAUGCAAAGUGUUUAGGAAAAAGGAAUUAAAGUUAAAUAAAAAUAAAUUAACGUCAUUGUCUGGGGGCGGACUGUUGAAUAAUUUAUCACUUAUUACAUUGCUCGAUAUAAGUGACAAUGAGUUUACUAAUUUACCAAGUGAAAUAUAUUAUUUAUCGUUACUUGAAGAACUUUAUAUGCAAAAUAAUAAUCUAAAAAAAUUACCAACGGAAUUGACUGAACUAUCAAACUUGCAGAUUCUAAAUGUCGCAAAUAAUAAAUUAAAAUUUUUACCAGACUCAAUAGGAAAUUUAAAAAAUUUAAAUUAUCUUGACAUAAGCGAUAACUCGGUGACAAAGUUACCAAAGUCACUUGGGGAAGCGCAAAAGUUGAUAGAAAUAAAGUUAGAUAAUGUUGAUUUAAUUUACCCCCCGUUGUAUAUUGUCGAAGGUGGUGCCAUAGCAAUUGUCGCGUAUUUAGCACAAGAGUCAGGUAUUAAUUACGCGGCGCGUGAUGCAUUUCUCGAUGCACAAUUUAAAAAAUUGCAUAAUAAUGACAAUGAAAGACUGUUUAAGACUAGUGAUAAAUUACAGGUAGCAUUAAUGCAACUAGAAACAUCAAAGGAGAGACGUCAGAAUGCUUUGCUGGAGGUAGAAAAAAAUAUCCGGGAGCAGCAGGAGUACGAGUUACAGCUCCAGUCUAUCAACAGAGGGAUGAAAAAAAAAUUACUGGAGGACUUGGUGGAGCAGCAGACGCGUCUCGAGUCUGAGAUAGAGCGCGUGCAGCAGGAGCGCGAGUUAAAUCGCUCGCGAUUGCUGUCUUUUAUUUAUCAAGCUGAGAAAGAAGCUGAUACUGUUAUUGAAGAAUUUUUGAGGAACGCCGAAGCUGAACGUCUUGCACAGGCAGAGCUUGUGGAGAUGGAAAAUAAAGAGCAGCUGGAGUUGCUGUCACAGUGCCAUUUAGAUCAGUCGUCGUGUCGAACACGUGAAACUUUGUUGGCGAUGGAGGAGUUGCUGGAAGAAGAAUUGUUGACUGAAAAAAAAAUUGAAGAGUACACUAAAUUCCGAGACUGUAAUGCUCAAUCAUUAUUAACAUUAGAAUUAAGGAGUAACGAUUAUCUAUCUUCGAUUGUUGAAAAUCAAAAGCAAGACCGCGAAGAAUUAUUGAAGCAACUGCGUAAGGAUGAGGUUCUGCAGAAAGCUGCUCUGGCGGCUUUGUUGGAGCGCAGCGACACCAGGUCAUGGAGUAUCGUCCAACAAGUUAAUUUGAUUCAGUCCCAAUUAGUCGUGCUGACUAAUAUCGAGUUGGAGCGAAAGAAAUUAGAAAUCACUCAACAAAUUAAUGACAUUGCGGAGAAACGAAUCAUGUUGAGCAACAUACUGGUGGGUUUGUUGGAACAACAGGAUAAGAGGCGAGCAGAACUACUAGAGACGAUAAAUAAAAUAGAAUUGCGGCGGGAUAGUGAGACUGAACGACGCGGAAGUUUGUUUUGGCUGAUGCAGUACCAGUCGCUGAUGGAAGCGCGCCCCCAAGGAUUGCUAGAAGGAUUAGAACCAAUGCUAGUCAGACAUGUGGCGAUAGCUGGUGCUCUGCACUGCCUGCCUUUUUUGGCUUCUCUGCCCUCACUGCUGCCUAAUGUCGAUCACGAUCAGCUCAAAUCGAUUGGAGUAAAUAUUGCUGAUGAUAGGCAGGCUAUAAUACUGGCAGUAGAAAAUUAUAACGCAGAGAAGAAAUUGAGUGCCGAGGGGACGGCACUGCCAGCGCCGAUUGAUCAACCAUGCAGCAGUAGUACAAAUUCACAAGACAGAGACAUUUCUAGGGUUGACAUGACUGAAUGUGUAGUUUGUCUUGACUCACAAUGUGAAAUAAUUUUUUUACCCUGCGGACAUCUUUGUUGUUGUGCAAAAUGUUCGAAUGCGGUAAUAAACGAAUGCCCAUUGUGCCGCGGCUCUAUACAGCGCAAAAUUCAAGUACACAAGCCUUGAAUAAUCAUUGGAUAAUUUUUAAAAAUAUAAAUAUUUAAAUUUUAUUAUUAAUACUCAUCACAAAAACUUUCAUUAUUAAAAUCAAUCACCUAGAUCUCA